AGAAACUGAUUUCAGGGCGCAGUGUUGUUUGUGUUGAUGCGAGGGGGGAAAGCAAGCAAAGGAGGCAGAAGCACAACAAGAGACAGCGUGCACAGAAGCACAGUCACAUUGUCACAACCCUCCUCCAACUAUUCUUCUUUGCGUCACUCGCUUGACACCAGCAACGACAGCAACGACGAUGGACGAGCAAAGACCACCUGCAGCGCCUAUGUCGACUUCAGAGAAGGCAGCAAAGGAGGCAGCAGAAGCAGCAGCCAACAAGUACAUGGUGGCUGCAUAUGAGCAGAGCGGCAAGCUGAUCCCCCUCCUCAAUGCCAUCCUCCACCCCAGGACCUGCGAUCGCGCCUACAAGACAGGCACUGUCACACGAGACGUCCCUUCAAGUCCAGAUCACAUUGGCCUCUUCUGUGCUUCCUUCAAUGACGAGGAUGAUCUCUCCUUCAGCUGGAUCCCGAUGAUGUGUCUCCAAUACCAGACGAGACCUACUACUGUCACGCCUGACGAGCCCGUCAACUUCUUCCACAUGCCUGCGCAUCAGCUGAAUCACAUUCGCAUUGCAGAACAAGAGGACCGAGCAGAAGUGGUGGUGUUCUUGGAUCGCUACGCAACGCGGCUCCCAGCGUUCACCUUCAAGAACAAGGCGUUUACCCGCAUCCUCUCUGAGCUGCAGAGCAACGACGGAUAUCAGGUGUUCUCUGAUCCCGUCCUCGAUCAAGACGACGCAAAGGCCAUUGCCCUUCUGCCCCCGCCCAGCCAUGUCGCACGCGAGACACAGGCCGUGGACGUUCGACGGCGAUCCCGCUCCGGAUCGCUCGGGCGCGCUGUUCGCAAGACCCUGCGCAGUUUCCACCAGCUCAUGGGCGGCACCACCACCACCAGCAGCAGCAGCAGCAGCAGCACCACCACCACCACCACCACCAGCAGCAGCAGCAACAGCAAUGGUAGUGGUGAUUAUGAUGCGGUGUCCAACACGCGACCAGGAGCCAGUCAUCAUCGUGGUCGACAUCGUCGACAUGGCGGUGGCCGGCGUGGUGUUAGCUUGGCGUCGGCACCCGUGACAGCGCGGCACUCGUGCGAUGCGAAGCUGUUGGCGCAACGGAGGGCUGUGCGUGAGGCGCCGGUGUGGACGGAGGACGAGGAGACGUUUCUAAACGCGUUUGUGUGCACGGCGCCUAUCCCAACCAUGGACGCAUUGCAUCAGGAAACGCUGCUGCUCUCCAUGAGUGGCGGUGACGAUGGUGAUGGUGGUGAUACCAAUGGCGGUGGUGGUGGUGAUGGUGGUAAUGGCGAGGAUGAUGUGGACGGACGUGGGAGGAGGGACGAGCAGGUGAAGAGGGAAGAACGUGGGAACCUCCAUGAGGAAUCAGAACAACAACAACAACAACAGCAACAACAACAACAACAACAACAACUACAACAACAACAACAACAACAACAACAACAACAACAACAACAACAACAACAACAACAACAACAACAACAACAGCAGCAACAGCAACAACAACAACAGCAGCAGCAGCAGCAGCAGCAACAACAACAACAAGGAGAUUAUGACGAUGAUGACGGGAAUGCGCUGCUGUUUCUGGCGCGCGUCUCAGGGCUGACUGGAGAGAAUCUUGCGUUUAUUGAGCGGCUCGUCGGUAUCGGACACCAGCAGUUUUGCCAAAUCGUCUACCACCACAGCAUGCCACACGCUGUGCGCUGUGUGCUGUGGCCGUACCUGCUUGGCGUGUACACGUGGAACAGCACGUGUCGCGAGCUGCAGCAGCAGCAGGCGGCCAUUUUCCGCGAGUACAGCGCUCUGCUGCACCUCAUCAGCGAUCCCGCUGCCAAGGACGUCGCCGCCAUCCACGAACACGCGCGGAUCAUCGCGUGCGACAUUGAGCGGGCGGAUGUGCACUUCAGUCAGCGCUUCGGUGGUGGCAGAGACGAGUUUAUGCGCCACCUCCACAACAUUCUCCACGCUUACCUCUACCACACGCGCGCGCACUACAGCCAGGCCAUGAGCGACUUGGUUGAGCCGCUGCUCGCUGUUGUGCACGAGCCGCACAUUGCGUACAAGUGCUUUGUCAACCUCAUGUCCUUUGCCCGCACCCGCUUUGACGCAGCAGACCCAAACAACGCACAGCACUCGCUCGGGCACCUGCAGCGGCUGCUGUUCAUGUUUGACCGCCCGCUCCAUGACGGACUCUCCAUCGAGUCUGCGGAGGAUUUGUUCGUGUGCUACCGCUGGCUCCUCGUCGACUUUAAGCGCGAACUGAGCGCCGAGAACGUGUUCUCUGUGUGGGAGCGACUGUGGGCCGGGCGGUGGGUCGUGUCGGCCAAGAUGCCGCUACUCAUGGCGUUUCUCUUCCUCCGCAGACACAGGUGGGCAUCGUGGUAG